GGACAGCAACCUCAACCACUCUUUCUUGCACAAGCUCCUAUCCACGGGCAGGAAACUUCAACUGACCCUUGGUCGUAUUUAACAAGGAUGGCAAACUUCAAUUAAAUAAGCAUUUACUGCCACGGAAUCUGCUGAAUCAAUGGAUUCUUCUGAUUCCAUACCGGAUUAAAAUGUAUAGUAUUGUUUUAAACAGAAUUAUUCUGAGAAGCUCACCAAACUCAUCGGAGAAAACGCAGACAACGAGGCAAGGUUAAAAUAAUUGACCAAUCAGAGGCGCUAUUUAAACGAAAGCGGUGGUUCAAAAAGAAAAAAAAAACCCACCGCGUUGCAUCAAGGUUGGAAAUGGGCCUUCAUCACUGAUCUACUCAUGUGUGUUUAUUCAGCUGUUUACAUGAUUCUGUUCAACUGAUUCCAGCUGAGAGGUGACAGCCAAAUUACUACUGCUCAACUUACUACUGGGCCCUAAGGUCAACGCUAGGGGAAACGAAAAGGGCGCUUCAGGCGGACACAGGAGCACUUUUCCUAUCCUCAGGAGAAGAAAUGUGAAUUCCAUGUCGGACAUGACAUCAAAAGAGAGGUGUGAUGAAGUUUCGGAGGAAGACGAUCAGCCAGCAGCUUCUGUGAAUCAAGUACAUCACAAACCUCCGCCCGAUGGAGGGUGGGGAUGGGUCGUUUGUCUCGGAGCAUGGAUGGUGAAUUUCUUAACAGUAGGGCAGCAGAAUGCAGCCGGUGUAGUGUACUCGGCGCUUUUGAACGAAUAUUCCACAAAAAGAGGGGAAACAGCUUGGGUUGCCUCGCUGGCGUCCAGUAUGAUGUAUCUGUUCGCUGCUGUGGGUACCUCUCUCGCUGAACGUUUCGGAAGCCGAUUGGUUGUCAUCAUUGGAUCUUUUGUCUCAGCUUCAGGCCUCCUUGCCAGUUCCUUCGCAACAACGCUCACACCCCUGUAUGGAAGCUACGGAAUUAUAUGGGGUCUGGGAGCAAGUCUGGGCUUAUUUCCCUCGCUCGUGAUACUAACAAAGUACUUCAGGAGGCGUCUUGCCCUUGCAUCUGGGAUGGCUCUGGCGGGAGCCGCUUGUGGCACUCUGGUAUAUGGGCCUGUGAUACAACUUCUUGUAUCAAAGUACGGGAUUUCAGUUACAUUUCGGAUUCUUGCCGCCGUUCAGAGUUUAAUGUUUUUAAGCGGAUUGAUAUUUCGACCUGUGGAGAGCCAUAAGGCCCGACGAGACAGAAAAAGAGAAAACAACGGCAACAUUUUCAAGAACAAAGCGUACGUCAUCUGGGUUGCUUCGCUUUGUGUGUUCAUGCUUGUGUUCCUCGUGCCUUUUGUUCAUUUGGUUCGCUUUACAGAGGACAAAGGCAUCAACACGACCAAAGCCUCUCUUCUAACAGGUUAUAUGGCCUUUGGAGGACUUAUGGGAAGUAUCGCCUUUGGCAUUGCGUGCGAUCAUCCGCGAUUCAACCGCCUUAAGGUCUGCCAGCUCUCUCUCCUUCUCAUAGCUAUUUCUUCCUCCCUUGUCACCAUGGCGAAUAAAUAUGUCUGGAUUUGUGUGUACGCGUUCACUUUUGGUGUUUUUGAUGGAUGCUACGAGAUGCUUGUUCCGGUGAUCACGCGGGAUAUCGCAGGCUCUCAAAGAGUAGCGCGCGCCAUCGGUUUGCUUUACUGUAUGAUGGCCUUUCCAAAAACGCUCGGCCCACCAAUCGCUGGUUGGCUUUUCGACUUGUCCAAUGACUACAGUGUUUCUUUUUAUGUCACUAGCGCUGUAACCAUUAUUGCAACAGCCGUCAUGUUCCUUCUCAAUUGGGUUCCACUCCACAAAGAUCGCAUGGAGAUGGAAGAAAAUGAAAUGCACUCUCCGAAAAUCACAGACGAACCUUCUCACGAAAGCGUCUACGAUGGCCUCGGGAUAAACUUAACACCAGAAGCCGACGACUCCGUAACUCGCAGGUGGCUGCCAAUUUACUGGGUAGAAAGUCGCAGAGAAUACGAAUAUCGCGAAAAGCUGACAGUGCUGUGACCAGAUUUAGUUGCAGGGAGAGUUUCCGGGGAGGAAAGGUGGUGUUUAUGGACUAGUCGUCCAAAGAGCUCUCUAUUGGUUAUCCAGCAAAUUAAGCUUUAAAGUUACUUUGCAUACCAGCUAUCAUAUGUAUCGAAAUAAAUUUGGUUGAAGAUUCGUUUCAAAAACAAAAUGGGACGUCUAGCGUGUAGUUCGCUUUAUUCCCGUGACUUACCAUUAAGUCGAUGGAGGCCACAACACCAGUGCUGAGUCCAACAAACAGAAGAUCAAAAGCGGUGUGAAGACACAUAACACGACCAUCAAAUGUAAACUUAUGGGUGCAGUUGCCACUCUAGACAAUAAAAUAACAAAACCUUUAAAUAAAACAUUUAGUUGAGAA